UCGAAGAAGAAUCCGUAGGAGUCCUGCUCGAAGCCACAUCACACGAGUUUCCACACGGAACUUUUUACGUGCGGACCAACAUUGCGGAAGUUGUAUACCAUGUUUGUGGAGGUCAAUUGAUAUCGCUUUUUCAGGUAAAAAGUGUUGGACCUGCUGGUCGUCACGGAGCCAUGGUGAAGAAAAAGAGGCUUCGUCUUAUAGCGGAGAUGGCUCGCAAGAUCCGAGCCUAUCGAGAGCUGAAAAGCCGACCGCGGGAGUCCCAGAAGUACGCCCUCGACUAUGAGACUAUGAAGCGGCCCCAUACUGGGAAGAUGCUGCCCGUGCUGGCUUGGCAGGAUGUCCGCCGAGAGAGCCGCCUCUUCUCCUUGCUGGCCGGUAUGAGGAUGUUCGGUGUGGGCCGAAUGUUCACCCGCAAGUCGUGGCUGGAGGACCACGCAGAGCCCAGUUACUGGAAGAUCACCAAAGUUAAGGUGGACUACACAGCUGAGAACAUGGAUCAUGGCAAGGCCUGGGGCAUCCUCACCUAUAAAGGAAAAGCCGAGAGUGAGGUCAAAGAAGUGGACAAGGUGAUGUACCAUGACUGGCGCCUCAUUCCGAAACACGCUGAGCAACAAUUCAAGGAUUUUGUUCCUGGACUGGAGCCGCCUGUGCGUCACGUCCCUUACCCUCCGCUGCUCCGUGCCAUGAAGCUGACGCGACACAAGAAAACAGAAGACGGUGUCCUGGCGGAGGAGCCUCUGCUGCCUUUAGAGAGAGAUGUUGUGCUCACCAAAGACUAUUUCCAAAGUCAAGACCAAGGGAAGAAGGUGAGAGAGGAGACGGCGGUGUGACAUCCUCGGCUGUCUCUUGGAAGGACUCCAAUCAUAAUUUUCAUAACUUCAACCAAUUUCUGUGAUUAAAGUGUGUCUUGUCAAAUGUUAUUAAAGUUAGA